GCGGCGCCGGCGGAGCCAUAAAUAUGGCGCGGCGCGGGGUGGCGGCAGCGCUCGCUGGAAGGAGCUCCGGCACGGGCGGCUACCGGCACGGGCGGCUACCGGCACGGGCGGCUACCGGCACGGGCGGCUACCGGCGGGCAUCCCUCCCCGCUCCCCUCCCCGCUCCCAUACCUCCGCCGAUUCCCCCGAGCCCGGCACCCCGAUGACUCUGAACCGCGGUGACAAGUUGCGGUACCUGGACAAGCGGCGCGGCAGCAUGCCCUUCUCCGUGCACCAGCACCUGCACCGGCGCAGCAUGCCGGUGGACGAGCGGGAUCUGCGGGCAGCCCUGCCGCAGGACGAGCUCUCCGGGCUGGUGCGCUGCACAUCGUACAGCCCCGGCGAGGAGCACCGGGAGAGCUGGGCUUCCGACUCCUCCGACUCCGUCAUCUCCUCGGGCAGCGACUCCGACAGCAGCCUCUACAAGGUGAUCCUGUUGGGCGAGCACGGUGUCGGCAAGACCAGCCUGGCCCGCAUCUUCGGCGGCGUGGAGGACAGCGCGGACGCGGAGGAAGCCGGAAAUACAUACGACCGAUCAAUUAUAGUUGAUGGAGAAGAAGCAUCUCUCGUGGUGUUUGAUAUAUGGGAGCAGGAUGACAGCCAAUGGCUUCAGAACCACUGUAUGAAAAUGGGAGAUGCCUAUAUUAUUGUAUAUUCAGUGACAGACAAAGUUAGUUUUGAAAAGGCCUCUGAGCUAAGAAUCCAGCUAAGAAGAGCAAGGCAAACAGAAGACAUUCCUAUUAUUCUUGUGGGCAAUAAAAGUGACCUGGUCAGGUCCCGGGAAGUCUCAGUUGAUGAGGGACGAGCCUGUGCUGUUGUGUUUGACUGCAAAUUCAUUGAGACCUCAGCUGCUCUUCAUCAUAAUGUCAAAGACCUGUUUGAAGGUAUUGUUCGGCAAAUUAGACUUCGCAAAGACAGUAAAGAAGACAAUGCUAGGAGAAUGGCCAACACAAAAAGAAGAGAAAGCAUAGGCAAAAAGGCAAAGCGAUUCCUUGGGAGAAUUGUGGCAAAGAACAAUAAGAAGAUGGCUUUCAAAGCAAAAUCUAAGUCUUGCCAUGACUUAUCUGUGCUGUAGAAGCUUUCAGUAAAGCGAGAUGUUGCACAUGGGUGAUGAACAAGCAUUUGACUGUUAUGAGAAGUGUACAGAUAAUCCUCAUGGUGAUAAGAAGAAUGACAUCAAUUGCAACUCUCGGAUGCCUUAAGGUGCGCAAGCAAGUCUGGAAGUUGUACUACAAUGUCUGCUUCAUUGAGAAAUGAUUUAAUUUUCAAUGUGUGCAAGGAAAUGAACUCAAUAUGUGGCUUGACAUGCCCACAUUUUCACUGUGUACAUAUGUUAUAUCCUCUUGUCCUGUGCAUACCAGAGACACAGAGAUAAGAAAGGAUGAUAUGUAUCACCAUAGACUUGUCUCUUUUGCAGAGCAAAACUUAAAACUUGUACGCAGGCUCGUACACUCUUUUUAGUAUAAAGCAAACAAUGAAACAAAAAUCUUUUUGAACUUAAAUGUGGGAAGGGAAUGAGUAGAACCACAUUAGAAUGGGAGAAAAAAUUAUAUAUAUAGUUAAAUACAAACCGGAUACCAUUUUAUGAAGUUAAUUUGCACUUCCAUUAACUGUUAUUCAAUUAAUUUGUUACUUGUUUACAUGCAGAUUUUAUAAUAAAGUAUUAUUUCCUGUUAUAAAAAACUGUGCUUUUCUCAUAGUAGGUAUAAAAAAUGAGAGCAGUAUUUUUAUAUAGACCUUUUUUCACUGUACAAAAUGUUAUACAUGGACUAUGCAGAUUUACAUGUGAUAAAGUUCUGGAACAAGACAAAUCAGGAAUAUCCUAUGUUCUUUUGUUUAACAGUUUCUUUAAGAAGUAAACCCUGCUUUUAUGAAUACUAUAUUUCAACAGCUCAUAUUGGGAACGGGGCCUUGACCCUUCAUAUUGCUGUUUCAUCUUCAACUUAGUUCUUGUCAGUUCAGGUAGGAGCAGGCCUCUAUACUAUGCCUUUAGUUAGAUACACAUCUUGUGUCUACACCGAUAAAUUGAAGCCUGCAGUGUUCUACUUUUUAAGUCCUGGCUUGAAGGUCUCAUGUUACAGCCAAUAAGCAAAUGUGGGUGUUUGUUUUU